UCCUUCAGAUCUUGUUAAAAGAUUAAUUCAAUCUAUUAAUUCCCUGGGCCAAGGAAUAAUUGACUCUGAUUGAUUCCAGGGCUGUCCAAAGUACCCAGUAAUGAGAUAAUGCCCUGACUUAAGAGGAUUAAGCCCUGGACAGACCUGGUUGAGCCAGCACUGACUUCAUCUUGUUGUCAUUUCAUGUGGGGAAGUUACACUCAUCCAUUAUGACUAACUUUUCUAGGAAGCAGACUUGAAAGUGAUGUGCUAUCUAGAGUGACCCUCAGUGGCUAUGGAGUGGACACCCAUGUGGAUUGGGAGGGGGUGCAUGUGGGCCCCAGCUGUGCACCCAGUUACCCACCUGGACAGCCAGCCAUGCAGUUCAUCCAGGACCUUGCUAACUGCGGUCAGAGUAUCCAACAUUUUCAUGAGGAAGGAAACAUAAGCCCGAGCUCGGCUCCUGGUGGCCUCUCUGAGAAUGGAGCCGUUCUGUGGGCCCAAGCGCCUGACUCACAGGGCCCCUCUGCUCCUAGGAGGGCGCGUGAAGACCUGGAAGCGGCGCUGGUUCAUCCUGACCGACAACUGCCUCUACUACUUUGAGUACACCACAGACAAAGAGCCGAGGGGCAUCAUCCCACUGGAGAACCUCAGCAUCAGAGAGGUGGAGGACCCACGGAAACCCAACUGCUUUGAGCUUUACAAUCCCAGCCACAAGGGGCAGGUCAUCAAAGCCUGCAAGACAGAGGCUGAUGGCCGGGUGGUGGAGGGAAACCACGUGGUGUAUCGCAUCUCUGCACCCAGCCCUGAGGAGAAGGAGGAGUGGAUGAAAUCCAUCAAAGCAAGCAUCAGCAGGGAUCCUUUCUAUGACAUGUUGGCAACGAGGAAAAGGAGGAUUGCCAAUAAGAAGUAGAGCUGCCCUGGCCCAGCAGGUAAACUAAAGACCCAAACCCCACAACAGAUGUGACUGGCAGCUGCCCUAACACGACACGUGGGCUGCACCUCUCGGGUCACAGUGGUCCCCAGAACCAGCUGUGGCCCCACCUGUACACCCUGAAGCCUGUGCUGCGUGUGGCCUGGAUCGUGGUCGGCCGUGUUUCCUCCUGUUGCUGUGUGGCCCAGAGCCUUGGCUCCUGUGAUGCCGCAGCAGCGAAGGAAGAUUCCCGGUGGGCAUCCGUUGAUCUUGCCACGCACACCGGCCCACUCGGGCAGUGGCAGUGACCAUUCUAGAAGUCACUGUUUUAUAUCAAAAUGGGAAUGGAAAAGCUACCACUUUUUUAAUUCAGAAUUUUUCUCAGAUAUAUAGGAUUAUAGCUUUUAUAUGCCUUUUUAUAUCCUGAAAUUAUAAAGACACUUUCUAACAGUAGUAUUUUUAGAAUGGCAGCUAUAAAUAUAACUCCUGGACACAAGUACAUACUGUGCACUGAGAAAAAAGUAUAUGCAGCACCCAAAAGGAGGGCUGUAGGGCACUUGCACUUGGGUGGGAGCUGUAGGAGGAGGCACUAGUGUCCUCUAGGACCGGUACACUUGGGGGGCUCCAGGUAUGAUAAGCCCUGCAACCCCCCUCUCUCUUUUUUGGCCCUACAUAUACUUUCUAAAACCAGUCAUUAUGGUUAUAGUUAUGGUUUGGGGCUGUUAGUCCUAUAACUGCUGAAUCCUAGGACAAGGAGUUCUUUCCAUGGUCAGAUCACCCAUAGGUUGGACCACAGCACACUGCUUGUAUCUGACCAUUUCCAGCUCACACAAACAGCAGUUCUACCUAGUUCCACAGAAUAAUGGGUCAGAUCAGCUUUUGACCACAUCCAUUGCUACUUAAACCCUUUGGCAAAAUGGUUGUCUCCCUGACAUAAUCAGAUUUGAAUGACUAGACACAUAAGUAACUGGGAAUAGUCCAGUCUAUCGUCUUCCUCUUGCAGUACUGUGUUCUCAGACCUCAGCUUCCCUGUGAGGAGGAAGAGAGCAAGCUAUGGCUGAAGGUGUGUGGCACUUAGGGUUUUCUAUGAACAGUGGAGAGCCCCAGAUCUCAAUUGGGGUGGGCUCACCUUGACAUACAACAGUGGUAUUGAUGGCCCCGCCAUUGUGAUAGUCAGAGUUUGGGCAAGGACGAGGGCACUGGAUGACACACAGCCUCCUUCCUGAGGACAUUUGUUUGUACCUUUGGGUUGCCUGUGCAUUAACACCUGGACCCUCUUCAGUUCCACACGUGGGCUAUUUUGUUGGUGAUCUCUGCUCAGACUUGGAAUCUUGCCCUGUCUGUGCUGGCACACCCAGAGUUUGCACCCUCUGGAGGUUCUUUGUAUUCCUGUGCGAAAGCAAGUCGAGGAAUCAAAACCUCAGACUGAAUGCACUUAUGCAGAAAUAAGUCUUCCCAUGAGCUGCCUUGAGGCGGAGACUAUGUAGCCCUGGGCCCUUUGCCUCUAGCUGGCUGACCUUAAUGUGUAGCUUUACAUCACGCCAGAUUGCAGAGAGUUCAAGGCUGAAACUCUCCAUCAUGCAUUAGACUGAUUUUUUUGAUUUAUUCCCGAGCUUCUAUGCUGUUACUUUACUGAUACCUCAGACCUGAAACUUUAGUGUUGGAGCAAGGCAUAUAGGCUGCCUUGACAUGCCUGACUGGUGUAUAUGCAAUUUGGCCCAUCUGCCAUGUGCAAGUGCUGCCCGAACCUGGACCAACCACGAUGCCUCCAUGCUGCACCCAUCCUCAGGCCAGCUCUGCCAGGGACUGCAGCAGGGUUGGGUCAGCAGUUCACACAGGGACGAGCGGCUUCCUCUCUCCUGAUCAUCUAAUGCAGAUAUGGCCCUGGGGAUGUGGAGCUUUCUGUGGUGGGGUGUUGAGAGAAGGGAGCAUGGAGUCACCUGGUGGUGAACCUUUUAUCACCACGGCCACCUGUGAGCCAGCUCUGCCCGAUGGCCAUUCACCCAGUAUCAUGCAGAAGGCCCUGGUGCUCAGAAUCUUAAGUGACUUGCCCUGUCAAGAGUAUUACGUGAAAUCACCUAAUCCCAGGUUUUCUUGUGACAGUAUUAACCCUAAGGGUGCCUGCCAUCAUGCAGUGUACCUGGCCUCCACCAGGCUGCCUAGAAGUGGGACCCCUCCCCUUACAGGGGUGAUGAGGCUCAGUCACGCUCAUCACCUCCCCACCCGAGGGUCUGCAUUCAGACUUGAGUCAUCAGUCUCAACUCUGGCCAAAGACAAAGUUUCCUCCAGAGACAAAGGGCAGCAGGUAGUUCCGAGGAGGACCCUGGGUGGGCGAUGGCAUCUCUGCAGCGCUCCCCAGCUGUCUUGCUGGGCCCGGUUAUCAUCUGAGGUUUAUUUGGACUGACCCUGCACCCACACAAGCCUCCACAUCUCUGGGGUCCUGAAACACUUUCAAGUAGUGUGUUGUGGCCCCAAAUGGACUCAAAGUAAGAGCUAUUUAUAGAUGAAGCAGCAUUUAAUGCUUCAGAUAAAUGCCUAUUUUCAAGGUUACAAAUGCAUAUAUCUACACAGAUGUGCUUUGCUGAGAAGUUAGGUCUGUUAUAGACCAGAAACUACAAGUUGUGAUUUUUCAUUUUCUUAUUUUUUUCCUCAGAAAACAUUUCUAUUACCUAAAUAUAGUUAAUAUGUAAAUAAUGUACAUAUAUUGAUAUCUGGAGUGUUUUGUUAUUCAAUGUAUAUACCCCCUACAACUUGCAUGAAUAUUCUAUUGAUAUCAAAUAUCUAUUGAUAUUUUGUUGCAAAGUGAACAGUACAACUGAAGGGUGUAUGCCUGUUAAAACUUGCAAAUAUUGUCCUCACUAAAUAAAAAUCUCAUGUAUUAUUAAAA